GCUGAUAAGGCGGACGGACUGUUUCCGGCUAGAGGUUCCGGGAGGAGGAGGAAGCUGCGGCCGCCCGCGGUGGGACGCCCGGGCCGCUUAGCCCCGGGGCAUUGCCGUAGGGCGCUCAGUUUUCUACAACUGUGGCAAAACAAGCUGAAAGGAGGAACACACUCAGCCCUGGUAAUUGUGGCCCAGCACUCAUUCUGUGAAUAUGGCAAACAAGGGGAACAAGAAGCGCCGACAGUUCUCCCUGGAGGAGAAAAUGAAGGUGGUGGAAGCUGUAGACUCAGGAAAAAGGAAAGGUGAUGUGGCAAAAGAAUUCGGUAUCACUCCUUCUACCUUGUCUACAUUCUUAAAGGAUCGUGCCAAAUUUGAAGAGAAGGUACGGGAGGCAUCUGUAGGACCCCAGCGGAAAAGGAUGAGGAACGCUCUCUAUGACGACAUUGAUAAGGCUGUUUUUGCUUGGUUUCAAGAAAUCCAUGCCAAAAACAUUCUUGUGACUGGUUCUGUCAUUCGGAAAAAAGCACUAAACUUGGCCAACAUGCUUGGCUAUGACAAUUUUCAAGCAAGCGUGGGCUGGCUGAACAGAUUUAGGGAUCGCCACGGAAUUGCUUUGAAAGCAGUCUGUAGAGAGGAUAGUGACAGAUUAAUGAAUGGUCUAGGAAUAGAUAAGGUUAACGAGUGGCAUGCAGGGGAAAUUAUAAAACUGAUUGCUGACUACAGCCCAGAUGAUAUCUUUAAUGCUGACGAGACAGGAGUGUUUUUCCAGUUGCUUCCCCAGCACACGCUUGCUGCUAAAGGGGACCAUUGUAGAGGGGGCAAGAAAGCAAAGCAGCGGUUGACAGCACUCUUUUGUUGCAACGCUUCAGGGACUGAAAAAAUGAGACCAUUGAUUGUCGGUAGGUCAGCCAACCCACACUGUCUCAAGAACGUCCAUUCCCUCCCUUGUGAUUACCGAGCCAACCAGGGGGCAUGGAUGACACAGGAGCUGUUUAAUGAGUGGCUGAUGCAAGUGGAUGCCAGGAUGAAGCGGGCAGAACGCCGCAUCCUCCUGCUGAUCGACAACUGCUCCGCUCACAACAUGCUGCCACGCUUGGAAAGGAUCCAGGUGGGGUACCUGCCCUCUAACUGUACUGCCGUCCUGCAGCCCCUGAAUCUUGGCAUAAUUCGCACCAUGAAAGUGCUGUACCGAAGUCACCUCCUGAAACAGAUCCUCCUUAAGCUCCACAGCAGUGAGGACCAAGAAAAAGUGGACAUCAGGCAGGCCAUCGACAUGAUUGCUGCAGCAUGGUGGUCAGUCAAGCAGUCCACAGUGGUGAGAUGCUGGCAGAAGGCAGGCAUCAUCCCCCUGGAACUGACAGAUUCUGACACAGAAGUGGCAGCCAGCGAGCCAGAGGCAGCCAGUGAAAAGUUGUGGCACUCCGUGGCUCUUGCCACCCGUGUCCCCAAUGAAAUAAAUUUCCAGGACUUUGUCACCGCAGAUGAUGAUCUCAUCAUCUCUCAGGAGCGGAUAGACACAGAGGUCCUCCAGGGCAUGGAGGCUGGUGAAAAUACAGAUGAAGCUGGAAGCGAAGAGGAGGGGGAGGCAUCUUUACCACAGCAGCCAAAAAUCACCAUCACAGAGGCCAUCUCAAGUGUGCAGAAACUUAGACAGUUCCUUUCCACUUGUGUAGGUGUUCCUGACGCCGUUUUUGGACAGCUAAAUGGCAUAGAUGAAUAUUUAAUGAGAAAAGUGACACAAACUCUUGUUGACUCCAAAAUUACAGAUUUCCUCCAAACAAAAUAAUGUAGGCAUUAACUGCCUCUUUUAAUUUAGAAAGUGUAGUUUACAAGAACAAAGGUUUGUUUUUUUUUUUAGAUAGGAUAUUGAACUUAAGUUUUAAGCAAUAUUAUAAUGACAACAUUCCAGUCCUCUGAAAUAAUCAGGAAACUUCCUUGAAUGGGCUUUGGAAAUGAAAUUUGACCAAUAUGUGUGUUAUCUUUUGAUUAAUCAAAUGGUUUCCAAAGUUGUCUGCACCUUAGGAUCUCUUGAGGACCUUUAAAUAAAUUUCUGAAGCCCACGCCUUAUCCCAGGCCAAUUAAAUCACAAUCUAUGGUGAUGGGGCACAGGCAUUAGCAGUUUGUGAAACUGCCCAGGUGAUUCCAAUGUUCAGGGAAGUUUGGGAAUUACUGGAUUGACCACAGGAAAAUCAAGCACACUGUGGGUCUGGAGCCAACUUCUUCCCAGUAAGUCUAGCUCCGUGGUUUCCAAAUGUUAGCUCACUUCAGAAUCACUUGGAAGGCUUGCUAAAACCCGGAUAGCUGGGCUCCACCUCCAGUUUUCUGAUUCCGUGAAUCUUAGGUGGGGGCCCCAAAAUUUGCAUUUCUUAACAAGUUCCCAGGUCAUGCUCAUGCUAAUGUGGUCCAGGAUCCUUACUUUGAGAACCACUGGUCUAGCUGGAGUCUAGUACUUCUCUCUUCAGCCAGCCAUCCGAAUACUCCCCCUCACAAGCAAAAUGGAAAAGAAAAGGAGAAAAACAAACAAAAAAACCCAAAACAUUAGCAGUUCUUAUGCCAGAUCUGUUAACUCCUUUCUGCUGAUUUGGUAACUCUAGAAUCUUAGCUUUUCUCUUGAACGCUGCGCCCGCCAGCCAAGUAGUGAGUAGAGGUACAUCUGUCUGUGCCCAAAGAAUCAACAGGAACCGCCUAGGAUAUGAACACAGCUUGUAGUGCUUAUUAGUCGGAGGGAGCUGGGGCCCAGGGGAGCAUGAGGAGCGUAAAGACGAGAUAGAAUGCAAUGUGGGAGGCCUUGUAUGUCAGAGAAUCCCGGGAGAGAGCACACAGCCCAGUGUACCCCUCGCCUUCCAGACGAGGUGAGAGGGAAGUUUGUGGGAGAGAGGACACGUGUGACAGGAUUUGGAUCGUUCCCUCUUUGGAUUUUUCCACCUGUGGAUCAUCCAGCCUGGACUUUGUGAUUAAGAUGAAGGCACACUGUUUGCCUUUGCUAAAAUUACUUCACCUUUAUUCCUUCAUGUUUGGCAGAGACAUCCGCUAGAGCAGAGUUGAUUUUAAGUUAUCUAGAACUAAAAUUUAUAAUCAGAAUUAUACUAAAGUUUUUCUCCUAUAAAGAAGACAUUUUUAAUAUCCUUCAUAACCCUAGUGUCUGUUCCUAAUAUGUGAGAUACGUGUCCGUUUCGUUUUUAGAAGGUACAUACAAUACCUGUCAGUGUUGUAGUGUAGUUUUCCGCCCCCAUACAGGUUAAUUUUUUGGUUAUUUCAGAAACGCAUAGCAAUUCAGUUAUUUUUCUUUCCGUAAUCAUUUAACUGAGACACCUGUAAAACAGAUUAAUCACAGACCGCUUCCAUGUUGAACAAAACGGCAGUCACAAAAAACAGCAGAUAUUUAAAUGGAUUUUUUAAAUCUCAUUUUGUAUAUUUUUCUUUUUAACAAACUAGUAUAUUUUGAAUUAAAAGUACUGUACAUAUUUUAAAUCCUUAACACAUAGGAGAGGAAAACUUUCUUCUGGCUAAGUCCUGUGGUUCUGCUCAUUGUCAGCACCUAUACUGCUGUCAUUUUGUGUCAGGAUUACUGACACAAUUUUGAAUUCCUUUGCUCACUUUUCUUCCCCUGAAGUCCAUUUGGCACAUAAUGUUAGAUCUAUUGACAUCGUGCCAUUUCCCCUGCCCAAGUAUCUGUGGUGGCUCCCAAAUGCCUAAAAAUAUGAAAGACUGGAUUAUUCGGUUGAGUUUUAGCACCCUCUAGAGUUGGUUACAACCUCCAUUUCCAGCUUGCUUGCUCAGUACAAUUCAGUGUGUGUGCUGCCCCUGGAUAGACCGUUCUUUCACUCUGUACCCGUGUGUGCUAGCGCGCCUUUACUUGAAUGCCUCACCCUGCUCUCUACCAAGGUGGGCCCUGGACAUAAGGCCCUUCAGAAACUAACUGGAGUCCUCUUUUGCCAGCCUUUUUUUUUUUUUUAAAAGACUUCAGCACCUGCUCCACCCUUCUCUCAACUCCUUGGCACUUUUUGUCUCUACCACUCACUUAAGCACCCACAUUUUUGUCAAUGUUCUGUGGCUCUUUGACUAGACUUGUAAACUCCAUGGGAGCAGGGAACUUUGUAACCUUAAUGAUGCCUAGCACUGUGCUGGGCACAUCAUAGGCACUUCAAUAAACAUUUGUGUAUA